AUGGAACUGACCGUGCCCCAUCUCUGUCUGGCUGUAGGUGCCCAGGGCCUUGAAGGACUCUGCCAGGGGGACCCACUUCUUGAACUGCUCCUUGUUACACUGGGUGUACAGGGUGGGGAGGAACAUGACGAAGUGGGUCCCCAGAGCCUCGUGAUGGUGGCCCCGAAACACGCUGAGAGAGGGGGACAGACUCACAGGUUGACGGAUGGACAGACUGGACGGGACCACUCAGCAGGUUCGUGGUCAUACUCGGUUUAAAAAAGGGGAGGUUCUACCUAAACUUGUCCAAUAAGAAUGUGCAUUUUAGUUUUCCAUUUCAAAGUGUUUCUUGCCUACUUAAAAUAACCCAGGUUUAGGGUUGACACUAGUGUCAACAUGACCUUCCCUUAAAAGCAAGGCUUUUUAUUUGUUAAAGGGAUUCUGCAAGAUUCUGGUAAUUAAGCAUGGAAGUCUACAGGUACGCUAGUAUACGCUACUGUACCUAUAGACUUCUAGUCUUGCGCUAACGGUAGUUAGCGUUGGCUCGCAAAACUACCUCUAAAUCAAAUCAAAUUUUAUUGGCCACAUGCGCCGAAUACAACAGGUGCAGACAUUACAGUGAAAUGGUUACUUACAGCCCUUAACCAACAGUGCAUUUAUUUUAAAUAAAAAAGUAAAAUAAAACAACAAAAAAGUGUUGAGAAAAAAAGAGCAGAAGUAAAAUAAAACAACAGUAGGGAGGCUAUAUACAGGGGGGUACCGGUGCAGAGUCAAUGUGCGGGGGCACCGGCUAGUUGAGGUAGUUGAAGUAAUAUGUACAUGUGGGUAGAGUUAAAGUGACUAUGCAUAAAUAAUUAACAGAGUAGCAGCAGCGUAAAAAGAUGGGGUGGGGGGCAGUGCAAAUAGUCUGGGUAGCCAUGAUUAGCUGUUCAGAAGUCUUAUGGCUUGGGGGUAGAAGCUGUUGAGAAGUCUUUUGGACCUAGACUUGGCACUCCGGUACCGCUUGCCGUGCGGUAGCAGAGAGAACAGUCUAUGACUAGGGUGGCUGGAGUCUGACAAUUUUGAGGGCCUUCCUCUGACACCGCCUGGUAUAGAGGUCCUGGAUGGCAGGAAGCUUGGCUCCAGUGAUGUACUGGGCCGUACGCACUACCCUCUGUAGUGCCUUGCGGUCGGAGGCCGAGCAGUUGCCAUACCAGGCGGUGAUGCAACCAGUCAGGAUGCUCUCGAUGUUGCAGCUGUAGAAUUUUUGGAGGAUCUGCGGACCCAUGCCAAAUCUUUUCAGUCUCCUGAAGGGGAAUAGGCUUUGUCGUGCCCUCUUCACGACUGUCUUGGUGUGUUUGGACCAUGAUAGUUCGUUGGUGAUGUGGACACCAAGGAACUUGAAGCUCUCUAAUGUCCUUCAUUCUGCACACAGAGACAUAAAAAUGGUACCCACGAGUUUCUGACUCUGGGUAAGUAGAAAACGGUAUCCCUUUAAAGACAUGCUCUGGACCUUUGGCGUCUAGUAAGUAUUUUUUUAAUCUCCCCUUUUGGGCUAGAUGUGUCAAUGUGUAGUUCAUACAUGCAUAGAGCAGAAUGACUGUCUUACCUCAAUUAGCAACGAAAUCCCUAGUUUGAAAGCAACUGUUUACAUGAAGCUGUGCAGCGCCACUCUACCUACAUUUUUUCCCACAUGGGCCAGUCCCCUAGCAAUUAGAGUUCUAGCCAAUGAGCUUCAGCUCCUCACCAUUUGAGUGACAGCUAGCAAGACGCGCGCACACACAGUAGAUUGAGCGAGAGCAAUGACGUGGUGCACAUACAGUACCAGUCAAAAGUUUGGACACACCUACUCAUUCCAGGGUUAUUCUUUAUUUGUACUAUUUUCUACAUAGUAGAAUAAUAGUGAAGACAUCAAAACUAUGAAAUAACACAUCUGGAAUCAUGUAGUAACCAAAAAAAAAGUGUUAAACAAAUCAAAAUAUAUUUUAUAUUUAAGAUUCUUCAAAAAGCAACCCUUUGCCUUGAUGACAGCUUUGCACACUCUUGGCAUUCUCUCAACCAGCUUCACCUGGAAUGCUUUUCCAACAGUCUUGAAGGAGUUCACACAUAUGCUGAGCACUUGUAGGCUUCUUUUCCUUCAUGCUGCGGUCCGACUCAUCCCAAACCAUCUCAAUUGGGUUGAGGUCGGGUGAUUGUGAAGGCCAGGUCAUCUGAUGCAGCACUCCAUCACUCUCCUUCUUGGUAAAAUAGCCCUUACAUAGCCUGGUGGUGUGUUGGGUCAUUGUCCUGUUGAAAAACAAAUGAUAGUCCCACUAAGCUCAAACCAGAUGGUGUGGUAGCCAUGCUGGUUAAGUGUGCCUUGAAUUCUAAAUACAUCACAGACAGUGUCACCAGCAAAGCACACCCACACCAUAACACCUCCAUGCUUUACGGUGGGAAAUACACAUGCUGAGAUCACCCGUUCACCCACACCGCAUCUCACAAAGACACAGCAGUUGGAAUCAAAAAUCUACAAUUUGGACUCCAGACCAAAGGACACAUUUCCAUUGCUCGUGUUUCUUGGCCCAAGCAAGUCUCUUUUUCUUAUUGGUGUCCUUUAGUAGUGGUUUCUUUGCAGCAAUUCGACCAUGAAGGCCUGAUUCACACAGUCCCAUCUGAACAGUUGAUGUUGAGAUGUGUCUGUUACUUGAAUUCUGUGAAGCAUUUAUUUGGGCUGCAAUUUCUGAGGCUGGUAACUCUAAUGAACUUAUCCUCUGCAGCAGAGGUAACUCUGGGUCUUCCAUUCCUGUGGCGGUCCUCAUGAGAGCCAGUUUCAUCAUAGCGCUUGAUAGUUUUUGCGACUGCACUUGAAGAAACUUUCAACGUUCUUGAAAUUUUCCGGAUUGACUGACCUUCAUGUCUUAAAAUAAUGAUGGACUGUCGUUUCUCUUUGCUUAUUUGAGCUGUUUUUGCCAUUAUAUGGACUUUUACCAAAUAGGGCUAUCUUCUGUAUACCUUGUCACAACACAACUGAUUGGUUCAAAUGCAUUAAAAAGGAAAGAAAUUCCACAAAUUAACUUUUAACAAGGCACACCUGUUAAUUGAAAUGCAUUCCAGGUGACUACCUCAUGAAGCUGGUUGAGAGAAUGCCAAGAGUGUGAAAAGCUGUCAUCAAGGCAAAGGGUGGCUAUUUGAAGAAUCUCAAAUAUAAAAUAUAUUUUAUAGUUGACUUGGGCUAUUUAAGGCAAAACAUAUUUGACAAGGCAAAUUGGCAGUUUGAACAAGUGAAAAGGUAGGACAUAGCGUAGCCUGUGACAGUUGUAAUCUUUUUGUGAACUUUGCUCUGCCUAGAGAGACUCACACACACACUAAGGAUGGAGUUUUGAAAUAAUUUCAUUAUUCGAAUAGUACAUAUCCGAAAUACAUGUGGUUUUUUUACGUUCGGUUUUUAAAGCUGAGCACUGCUGCGCGAGGGAGAGAGGCUGGCGUUCUAUUGCUGCAGCUGCGGAGGGGCCUUGUGUGUGUGAUCAGAAUGGAGCAGACAGAGGAAGAUGGCUGAUAAAAAUAUUGCCUAGUCAGACCGUUAAUCUUUUCCAGCUGGGUGAUAGGCUUUAUUAUACAAUAAAAUAUAAAACAGAUAAAAACAGCCUACCUGUUGUUUGCUCAUUAUAGCCUACGACUUCUCAUUUUGCUCACUUUUAAUUCCAUUAUUUUAUUCCAUCUUGCAUUGCAUUAGUGAGUUCUCUCUCCACUUGCUACAGAUCCAGCCUCUUUGCCGCUUUGAUUGGCCAACAUAAAACAACAAGCUACACACGUGAAGGCUACUAAUCUUUUUAUAUGUCACACGUCAUUAAAACUACACUGAAAAGUUUUUUUAAUUAAAUGAAUAAUUUGAAAUGUCAUGGUAUAUCCUUGUAUGUAACAAUGUCACAUAUUAGAAUUUAAUUUAGAAAAAAUACUUUUCAGUGUUAAAAUUUCCAGGCGGGUCGACCCCAAGUGGUAAAAGCAGGCAACAACACCUCCGCCACGCUGACCCUCAACACAGGGGCCCCCAGGGGUAUGUGCUUAGCCCCCUCCUGUACUACCUGUUCAUCCCCGACUGUGUGACCCACGCACGUCUCAAACUCAAUCAUUAAGUUUGCUGACAACACGACUGUGGUCGGCCUGAUCACCAACGGCGAUGAGACAGCCUGCAGGGAGGAGGUCAGAGACCUGGCAGUGUGGGGACAACAACCUCUCCCUCAACGUCAGCAAGACAAAGGAGCUGAUCUUGGACUUCAGGAAACAGGGGCAGGUGCACACCCCCAUCCACAUCGAAGGGGCCGUAGUGGAGCGGGUCAAGAGCGUCAAGUUCCUCUGUGUCCUCGUCACUGAGGACUUAACAUGGGCCCCUAACACCAGAACAGUCGUGAGGAAGUCAUGGCAACGCUUCUUCUCACUCAGGAGGCUGAAACGAUUUGGCAUGGCCCCUCAGAUCUUCACAAACUUUUACAGCUGCACCAUUGAGGGCAUCCUGACUGGUUGUAUCACCGUUUGGUAUGGCAACUGCACCGCUCGUGACCGGAAGGCCCUGCAGAGGGUGGUGCGGAUUGCCCAGCACAAACCUGGGGACGAGCUCCCAGCCAUCCACGAUGUACAUGCCAGGCGGUGUCUGAGAAAGGGCCGAAAAAUUGUCAGAGACUCCAGUCACCCGAGACAUGGACUGUUCUCCAUGCUCCCGUCCAAUAGGCUGUACCGGUGCAUCAAGGCUCCGACAAACAGACUAUAACCAUCCACAGGUCCCUAACCACUCAGACAACUUACGCUGCUGCAAAAAUUAUUAUUGAUCAGAUUACUCCAUUACGCUGCUGUCCAUUGAUUAUUGAUUGCCAUUACCAUUAGUAUUUAUCUAUACUGAACAAAAAUAUAAAACGCAACAUCUAAACUGUUGGUCCCAUGUUUCAUGAGCUGAAAUAAAAGAUCACAAAAUGUUCCACACGCACAAAAAGCUUAUUUCUCAAAUUUUGUGCAUACAUUUGUUUACAUCCCUGUUAGUGACAUUUUCCGUCUAGAUAGAACUGCCAAAGGGGGUGGAGUUGCAAUCUACUGUAGAGAUAGCCUGCAGAGCUCUAUCAUACUAUCCAGGUCUGUGCCCAAACAGUUUGAGCUCCUACUUCUAAAAAUCCACCUUUCCAGAAAUAAGUCUCUCACUGUUGCCGCUUGCUACAGACCCCCCUCAGCCCCCAGCUGUGCCCUGGACACCAUAUGUGAAUUGAUUGCCCCCCAUCUAUCCUCAGAGUUCGUACUGCUUGGUGACCUAAAUUGGGAUAUGCUUAACACCCCGGCCAUCCUACAAUCUAAACUAGAUGCCCUCAAUCUCACACAAAUUAUCAACGAACCUACCAGGUACAACCCUAAAUCCGUAAACAUGGGUACCCUCAUAGAUAUCAUCCUGACUAACUUACCCUCUAAAUACACCUCCGCUGUCUUCAACCAGGAUCUCAGCGAUCACUGCCUUAUUGCCUGCGUCCGUAACGGGUCCGCGGUCAAACGACCACCCCUCAUCACUGUCAAACGCUCCCAAAAACACUUCAGCGAGCAGGCCUUCCUAAUUGACCUGGCCCAGGUAUCCUGGAUGGAUAUAGAUCUCAUUCCGUCAGUAGAGGAUGCCUGGUUGUUCUUUAAAAGUAAUUUCCUCUCAAUCUUAAAUAGACAUGCCCCAUUCAAAAAAUAUAGAACUAAGAACAGAUAUAGCCCCUGGUUCUCCUCAGACUUGACUGCCCUUGACCAGCACAAAAACAUCCUGUGGCGUACUGCAUUAGCAUCAAAUAGCCCCAGCGAUAUGCAACUUUUCAGGGAAGUUAGGAACCAAUAUACACAAGCAGUUAGGAAAGCAAAGGCUAACUUUUUCAAACAGAAAUUUGCAUCCUGUAGCACUAACUCCAAAAAGUUUUGGGACACUGUAAAGUCCAUGGAAAAUAAGAGCACUUCCUCCCAGCUGCCCACUGCACUGAGGCUAGGAAACACUAUCACCACCGAUAAAUCUACAAUAAUCGAGAAUUUCAACAAGCAUUUUGCUACGGCUGGCCAUGCUUUCCACCUGGCUACCACUACCCCGGCCACCAGCUCUGCACCCUCCGCUGCAACUUGCCCAUGCCCCCCCCCGCUUCUCCUUCACACAAAUCCAGACAGCUGAUGUUCUAAAAGAGCUGCAAAAUCUGGACCCCUACAAAUCAUCUGGGCUAGACAAUCUGGACCCUUUCUUUCUAAAACUAGCCGCCGAAAUUGUCGCAACCCCUAUUACUAGCCUGUUCAACCUCUCUUUCGUAACGUCUGAGAUCCCCAGAGAUUGGAAAGCUGCCGCGGUCAUCCCCCUCUUCAAAGGGGGUGACACUCUAGAUCCAAACUGUUACAGACCCAUAUCCAUCCUGCCCUGCCUUUCAAAAGUUUUUGAAAGCCAAGUCAACAAACAGAUCACCGACCAUUUCGAAUCCCACCGUACCUUCUCCGCUAUGCAAUCCGGUUUCCGAGCUGGUCAUGGGUGCACUUCAGCCACGCUCAAGGUCCUAAACGAUAUUAUAACCGCGAUCGAUAAUAGACAGUACUGUGCAGCCGUUUUCAUUGACCUGGCCAAGGCUUUCGACUCUGUCAACCACCGCAUUCUUAUUGGCAGACUAAAUAGCCUUGGUUUCUCAAAUGACUGCCUCGCCUGGUUCACCAACUACUUCUCAGAUAGAGUUCAAUGUGUCAAAUCGGAGGGCCUGUUGUCUGGACCUAUGGCAGUCUCUAUGGGGGUGCCACAGGGUUCAAUUCUUGGGCCGACUCUUUUCUCUGUGUAUAUCAAUGACGUCGCUCUUGCUGCUGGUGACUCUCAGAUCCACCUCUACGCAGACGACACCAUUUUGUAUACAUCUGGCCCUUCAUUGGACACUGUGUUAACAAACCUCCAAACGAGCUUCAAUUCCAUACAACACUCCUUCAGUAGCCUCCAACUGCUCUUAAACACUAGUAAAACUAAAUGCAUGCUCUUCAACCGAACGCUGCUUGCACCCGCCCACCCGACUAGAAUCACUACUCUCGACGGGUCUGACCUAGAGUAUGUGGACAACUACAAAUAUCUAGGUGUCUGGUUAGACUGUAAACUCUCCUUCCAGACUCACAUUAAGAAUCUCCAAUCCAAAGUUAAAUCUAAAAUCGGCUUCCUAUUUCGCAACAAAGCCUCCUUCACUCAUGCUGCCAAACAUGCCCUCGUAAAACUGACUAUCCUACCGAUCCUUGACUUCGGCGAUGUCAUUUACAAAAUAGCCUCCAACACUCUACUCAGCAAAUUGGAUGUUGUCUAUCACAGUGCCAUCCGUUGUCUCCUGAGUGGCGCAGUGGUCUAAGGCACUGCAUCGCAGUGUUAACUGUGCCACUAGAGAUCCUGGUUCGAAUCCAGGCUCUGUCGCAGCCGGCCGCGACCGGGAGACUCAUGGGCGGCGCACAAUUGGCCCAGCGUCGUCCAGGGUAGGGGAGGGAAUGGCCGGCAGGGAUGUAGCUCAGUUGAUAGAGCAUGGCGUUUGCAACGCCAGGGUUGUGGGUUUGAUUCCCACGGGGGGCCAGUAUAAAAAAAAAAGAUGUAUUCACUAACUGUAAGUCGCUCUGGAUAAGAGCGUCUGCUAAAUGACUAAAAUGUAAAUGUAAAUGUAAAUGUUUUGUCUCCAAAGCCCCAUAUAAUACCCACCACUGUGACCUGUACGCUCUUGUUGGCUGGUCCUCACUACAUAUUCGUCGCCAAACCCACUGGCUCCAGGCCAUCUAUAAAUCACUGCUAGGCAAAUCCCCGCCUUAUCUUAGCUCAUUGGUCACCAUAGCAACACCCACCCGUAGUCUGCGCUCCAGCGGGUAUAUCUCACUGGUCAUCCCCAAAGCCAACACCUCCUUUGGCCGCAAUUCCUUCCAGUUCUCUGCUGCCAAUGACUGGAACAAAUUGCAAAAAUCUCUGAAGCUGGAGACACUUAUCUCCCUCACUAACUUUAAGCAUCAGUUGUCAGAGCACCUUACCGAUCACUGCACCUGUACACAGCCCAUCUGAAAUUAGCCCGCCCAACUACCUCAUCCCUAUAUUGUUAUUUAUUUUGCUCAUUUGUACCCCAGUAUCUCUAUUUGCACAUCAUCUCUUGCACAUCUAUCAUUCCAGUGUUAAUACUAAUUGUAAUUAUUUUGCACUAUAGCCUAUUUUAUUGCCUUACCUCCAUAACUUGCUAAAUUUGCACACACUGUAUAUUAUAUGUAUUUCUGUUGUAUUUUUGACUUUGUUUUGUUUUACCCCAUAUGUAACUCUGUGUUGUUGUUUUUAUCGCACUGCUUUGCUUUAUCUUGGCCAGGUCGCAGUUGUAAAUGAGAACUUGUUCUCAACUGGUUUACCUGGUUAAAUAAAGGUGAAAUAAAAAAAAUAAAAAAAAUAAAAAGUGAGCAUUUCUCCUUUGCCAAGAUAAUCCAUCCACCUGACAGGUGUGGCAUAUGAAGAAGCUGAUUAAACAGCAUGAUCAUUACACAGGUGCAUGGAUUAAAAUGUGCAAUAUUGUCACCCAACACAAUGCCACAGAAGGUUUGAGGAAGCGUGCAAUUGGCAUGCUGACUGCAGGAAUGUCCACCGAGCUGUUGCCAUAGAAUUGAAUGUUAAUUUCUCUACCAUAAGCCGCCUCCAACGUUGUUUUAGAGAAUUUGGCAGUACGUCCAACAGACCACGUGUAUAGUGUCGUGUGGGUGAGCGGUUUGCUGAUGUGUCAACAUUGUGAACAGUGCGCCCCAUGGUGGCGGUGGGGUUAUUGUAUGGUCAGACAUAAGCUAUGGACAACGAACACAAUUGCAUUUUAUCAAUGGCAAUUUAAAUGCACAGAGAUACAGUGACGAGAUCCUGAGGCCCAUUGUCGUGCCAUUCAGCCGCAGUCAUCACCUCAUGUUUCAGCAUUAUAAUGCAAGGCCCCAUGUCGCAAGGAUCUGUACACAAUUCAUACUCACCAGACAUGUCACCCAUUGAGCAUGUUUGGGAUGCUCUGGAUCUACUUGUCCGACCACGUGUUCUAGUUCCUGCCAACAUCCAGCAACUUCGCACAACCAUUGAAAAUGAGUGGGACAACAUUCCACAGGCCACAAUCAACAGCCUGAUCAACUCUAUGCGAAGGAGAUGUGUCGCACUGCAUGAGGCAAAUAGUGGUCACACCAGAUACUGACUGGUUUUCUGAUCCACGCCCCUACCUUUUUUUUUUUUAAGGUAUAUUUGACCAACAGAUGCUUACCUGUAUUCCCAGUCAUGUGAAAUCCAUCGAUUAGGGCCUAAUGAAUGUAUUUCAAUUGACCUAUUCCUUUAAAUUAACUGUAACUCAGUAAAAUCUUUGAAAUUCUUGCAUUUAUAUUUUGUUCAGUAUAUUUAUCCCACUACUGGUCACUAAUACUCCUGUUUACAUGUACAGUGACCUCCGUAUUUAUUGGGAUAGUGAAGCAUUUUUUCCUCUUAAGUUUGGAUUUGAAAUCAAACAAUGACUUUGAGGUUUAAUUUGAAGGUAUUUUCUACCAAUUCGGGUAAACCGUUUAGAAAUUACAGCACUAAUUGUGCAUAGUCCCCCCCAAUUUUAGGGGAGCAAAUGUAUUGUGACAAAUUCACUUAUGCGUAUUAAAGUAGCAAAAAGCCUCCAAGCUGACUUUGGUCGCCAGCUGGACGGUGUUUCCUCCAACACAUUGGUGCGGCUGGCUUCUGGGUUAAGCAAGCAGUGUGUCAAGAAGCAGUGCGGCUUGGCAGAGUCGUGCUUCGGAGGACGCAUGGCUCUCGACCUUCGCCUCUCGCGAGUCCGUAGGGGAGUUGCAGUGAUGGGACUAAACUGUAACAACCAAUUGGAUAUCACGAAAAUUGGGGAGAAAAAAAGUAAGGUAAAAGUAAAAUAAAUAAAUACCCUAAAAUUAAAGCUGACAGUCCGCACUUUAACCUCAGUCAUUGUCUGAUCUCAGAUCCAAACUUUUGGAGUAUAGAGCUAAAAGAAGAAAAAAUUAUUCACUGUCCCAAUAAUUACAGAGGGCACUGUACCAUUAGUAUAUUACCAUUACAAGUAUUUAUAUAUUCCUGCUACCAGUCACUUUUCAGCAAUGUGUAUGUGUACACUGAGUGUACAAAACAUUAGGAACACCUGCUCUUUCCAUGACAUAGACUGACCAGGUGAAAGCUAUGAUCCCUUAUUGAGGUCACUAGUUAAAUACACUUCAAUUCAGUGUAGAUGAAGGGGAGGAGACAGGUUAAAUAAGGAUUGUUAAGCCUUGAGACAUGGAUUGUGUAUGUGUGCCAUUCAGAGGGUGAAUGGGCAUGACAAAAGAUUAAAGUGCCUUUGAACGGGGUAUGGACGUAGGUGCCAGGCGCACCGGUUUGUGUGUGUUAAGAACUGCAACGCUGCUGGGUUUUUCACACUCAACAGUUUCCCAUGUUUAUCAAGAAUGGUCCACCACCCAAAGGACAGCCAGCCAACUUGACACAACAUUGGAGUCAACAUGGGCCAGCAUCCCUGUGGAACACUUGACACCUUGUAGAGUCCAUGCCUCGACGAAUUAAGGCUAUUCUGAGGUCAAAAGGGGUUGCAACUCAAUAUUAGGAAGGUGUUCCUAAUGUUCCUAAUGCUUUGUACACUCAGUAGUAUCUUACUACCAGUCACUUUUUAUGUAUAAACCCACCUCAACCACUCCAGUACCCCUGCAAAUUGAAUAAGGUACCGGCACUGUAUAUUGUAUAAUUGCAUUCUCGUGUUCUUUAACUCUCAUCAUAGUUCUUGUGUGGUUUUUAUUCAUACUUUUAUUUUUUAUUCUAUUUUCUAUUAUUAUCACUGCAUUGUUGGGAAAGAGCUCUCAAAGAAUUUCACUGUCCUGUUUUACACCCGUUUUAUCCUGUGCACGUUGUAACUUGAAACUAUACUGAACAAAAACAUAAAAUGCAACAUUUUCAAAGACUUUACUGAGUUACAGUUCAUAUAAAGAAAUCAGUCAAUUUAAAUAAAUUCAUUAGGCCCUAAUCUAUGGAUUUCACAUGACUGGGCAUACAGAUAUGCAUCUGUUGGUCAAAAAUAAAUAAUAAUAAUAAUAAUAAUAAUAAUAAUAAUAAUAAUAAUAGGGGAAUGGAUGACAAAACCAGUCAGUAUCUGGUGUGACCACCAUUUGCCUCAAGCAGCGCGCCACUUCUCCUUUGCAUAGAGUUGAUCAGGCUGUUGAUUGUGGCCUGUGGAAUGUUGUCCCACUCAUUUUCAAUGGCUGUGCGAAGUUGCUGGAUAUUGGCAGGAACUGGAACACACUGUCGUACACAUCGACCCAGAGUAUCCCAAACAUGCUGAAUUGGUGACAUGUCUGGUGAGUAUGCAGGCCAUGGAAGAACUGGGACAUUUGUGUACAGAUCCUUGCAACAUGGGGCCGUGCAUUAUCAUGCUGAAACAUGUGAUGGCAGCAGAUGAAUAGCACCACAAUGGGCCUCAGGACCUCGUCACGGUAUCUCUGUGAAUUCAAUUUUCCAUCCAUAUGCAAUUAUGUUUGUUGUCCGUAGCUUAUGCCUGCCCAUACCGUAACCCCACCGCCACCAUGGGGCACUCUGUUCACAACGUUGACAUCAGCAAACCGCUCGCCCACACGACGCCAUACAUGUGGUCUUUUAUUGUCCCCAGCACAAGUUGCACCUGUGUAAUGAUCAUGCUGUUUCAUCAGCUUCUUGAUAUGCCACACCUGUCAGGUGGAUGGAUUAUCUUGGCAAAGGAGAAAUGCUCACUAACAGGGAUGUAAAGAAAUUUGUUCACAAAAUUUGAGAGAAAUAAGCUUUUUGGCGUAUGGACAAAUUCUGGGAUCUUUUAUUUCACCUCAUGAAACAUGGGACCAAUACUUUACAUGUUGCGUUUAUUUUGGUUCUAUUACUGCACUGUUGGGUAGAGCUCUGAAGUUAAGCAUUUCACUGUACUUGUGCAUGUCACAAAAAAUGUGACUCACAAGUAUUCGAAUACUAACGUCCAUUCGGAUAUUCUAAUAUUUAAAAAAGCAUGCACAUCCCUAACACACACAAACCUUUGUAGCCACAUGGCAGAGUGCCAGGGUCUUGCCCCAUAGGCAACAUUAUAACGGUGCAAACUACAGUACAGUAACAUUCCUAUUGCUUCACCAAAGAUAAUACAGCCUUUGAUCAGGAAGACACCAACAAACUCCUCAUAGCAUGACAACGCAAUUACUCGUGGGGGUAAUAGCAGGCAAUACAUUAGCAUGGGAUAUUGAGAAUACUUUAGCAUAUAGGUGAAAGGCUUAGACUGUUUGUGUAAUUUCAGCGAAUGCUGCGUUUUUCUUCAGUGCGUCCAAAGCAGCAUCAAUACAGCUAUCUGCAAAAAACUCAUUGAUGUUUGUCACACUGUGUUUACUAUUAGAACUUUAUGUGAAAUGUCCAGAAAAAACCACAUCCAUGAAAUGUGUGAAGGAGUGAUGAGAGGAGAAUAACGGGAAAUAUGACAUUUGCUUUGAUCAUCCCAAACCCUUACAGAAUUCAUACAGUCCAUUGAAACCAAAUCCUGCUUGUAAACAAUGAAACUAGCCCAAAUGAUCUUUAUUUCCUCACCUUUCAUUACUUUCACCUGCAUCGGUCAUUACACCUAACAGGUUAGCUGAUAGUAAGACAACUCUAUGGACAAAACCCUAUACCUAUUUUUCCAUUUCUAGAUGUGAUGUGCAGGUCCAUAGCAUUUACACUGAUGUAAUUUAACAGACGCUCUUAUCCAGAGCAAUUUACAGGAGCAAUUAGGGUUAAGUGCCUUGCUCAAGGGUAUAUCGGCUGAUUUCGGGAUUCAAACCAGCAACCUUUUGGUUACUGGCCCAACACUCUUAACCGCUAGGCUACCUGCCGCCCAUAGCAAGUAGCUGGCCUGGGUCUGUGCCCCAACCUUACCUCUUGUAGCAGUAGAUUUCCUCAGGGUCUGAGAUGCCAUACUCUCUGAGCUUCAGGAUCAUCUGGGCACUCUUCUUCACGGCGGCAUCGUAUCGCUCGCUCCUGGACAGGAAGUUGAGGUCCUCACUCUGGAAGUCUGGGUCACUGAUCACCAGUGACUCUGUGGGGGAUAGAGAAAAUUGGGGGAUUAAGACAUCAGGGUGGAGCAUAGCCUCGGAAACCCAGGCUUCUCACACAAGACGGGAUUUUGGAAGGGUGGCAAUGCGAGACUAGGUCGAACAUUAUGUGCAGAUUGUGCAGUAUUACCAUUGGAUAAAUAAUUGUGUCUAAUAUCCUUAGCUACAUUUCUAUCUACAACAUAAUGCACCCCAUAUCAUCUGUCUUAUUUAUUUUUAUAUGAUGCCAUAAUGAACCCUGCAUGGGGUCAACCUUUACUAUACUAAUAGCCAGUGGGUCAACCAACGACUGUCGCUAUAAUCUAACUUUCUAGUUAGCAAGGUUGCUGCUAGCUGGCUGUUAUCUGACAAUGCAAAUCAGAGCCUUGUUUUUACACAAACAGCAUGCAUUUCAUAAACAGCAUGCACAGUUACAAUGAAUGCGAAAAUUGGUCUUCAUCUUGUCAUUGGCUCACAAUUAUAAACAACAGCUGACUGGUUAUAACUACUGUUACAACAGAUAGAUAACUAACUUGUUAACCUAGCCCAGGCAGCCGAUAGUGGCCGUGCAGAUCUAGCGACCACUAUCGGCUGCCCAGGCUAUGUAUAACCAACCUUAACUAAUGUUGGAUAGCUAGCUAGCUAUCAACUUGUUUUGUUAGCUAGCUAGCUGCUAGUUCAAUGUUUUGUUUACACUUGUUUCAUGAUGCUUUACCUUGCAACCAAAGAGGCUACACACACGAGACACUACAAGACAUUCCAACCUUACCAAUUUCUCUUCUUCUUUUGGUCUUCUCGAUGCCACCGUCCAGAAUAUGUGUGAGUUUCUCCACGUUAAAUGUAGCGUUCUCACGCUCUCUAGUUAUGUCAGGAUUCAUGGCGAAAUAAAUGUAUUUUCCCUUGCAAAAGACCACGUUGCUUGUUGCAAUAAAAAUGUGAGUUGUAUAACCUUGGGCCUAUAGGAACCAAGUUCAGCACUGCAAUAACUGGGAGCCUGACCAAUUAUUGACAACUUCCUGAACGCUACAAGAGGGGGCGGAUAAAAAAGAAAUCACGUUAUGUGACGUUGUGAAAUACUACCGACAUGAACUGACAAAACACACAACUGGGAUCUUUAUAGUAUUUGGCCUAUUUUACCGUUUGAUAACUUCUUGAGAAGAUGCUUCCAGCACCUGCAGUCUUUCAUUUCCCUUGGGAAGUCAACUCUGGUGCAGUCAAGGAGGGAGGCUCAGUGAGAACAUUUGGAAGGUGAGGAGUGUGUCUACCACAGGAGGUUGGUGGCACCAUAAUUGGGGAGAACUGGCUCGUGUUAAUGACAGAAGAGAAUCAGUGGAAUGGUAUGAAAUACAUCAAACGCAUGGUUUCCAGGUGUUCGAUGCCAUUCCAUUUGCUCCAUUACGGCCAUUAUUAUGAGCCGUUCUCCCCUCAGCAGCCUCCCUUGGUACUGUCUUUAACACAAUAUACCUAAUAAUAGUCAAUAAUAGUUUUUUAAAAAUUAUUUGUUAUCCCUUUUGGAUUGCAUGGCUAACAGACAAGUUAAUUUUUUUGAUUGGUGAGUUACCAACCAGAGGAAUCGAAGGCUACACUAUCUGCCCAGAAUGCAGCAACACAGCACCAAGUUGUUGUUCAGACUACAUUUGUGGAGCCCUUUGAACCCAUCAUUGGAGCCCAGUACCUAGUUGUGGGGGAGAUUGAAAAUUCAGAGGGUAAGAUUAGGUUUUUAUUUGGUUAUAUGCUUUGCAACUCCCAAAACCCACUGUCCCACUUAUCUAUCUCUUCACAGGAGGUGAUGGUGUGAUGGUCCGUGCCCGUGUGCUGAACUGUGUGGAUGGGCUGAACCUAGCCCUGCUACAGAGAGCUGUCAAUGAACAGAGGAGCUACUUCAGAGAGAGGAUGGAGAGCAAGGGAGAUGCUCCUCCCUGA